UGCGCUGCUGCUUUUGCGCGCCGCACUCCCUCUCGUCGUCUACCUUUUGCUUCCUUUCCCCACUCCGCCCCCGCCAGGGCUCCUCCUCCUCCCCCCCUGUCGCCACCUUCCUUCCUUCUACAACCUUCCCGGCCGCUUCCCUCAACUCCUCUCAAAGCACACAAGGGGACCGGCCCUGGCCUGGCGCGAUGAAGCACCCGCCGCCCCACCCGCGCCGCUGCGGCGUCGUGGUGGCGGUCGUCGCCCUCGUCCUCCUCGCCUGCCUCCAGAUCCAGUACCACCACCUCAAGGUGGAUCUCGGUAAGGGCGGCUUUGCCUCUGGCACGCAAGAGAGUAGCAACCACUGGGGGACCAGGAAGACUGCAACUGCCACCAGGGGUUUGCCGCGCGGGAUCGUCGAGCCCCAUUCCGACAUGUAUCUCCGACCGCUCUGGGAGGACUCAGCUGCUGCCAACCACAAGAAUAAUAAACAUGGUGACCACAAUGCUCUCCUGGCCAUGGCAGUCGGCAUUUCCCAAAUAAAAAAUGUCGACACUAUGGCUCGUAAGUUUUUGAACGAAAACUACGCAGUCAUGCUCUUCCAUUACGAUGGAAAUGUAGACGAAUGGCGCCAUCUUGAGUGGAGUGAUAAGGCCAUACACAUUCUAGCUCACAACCAAACAAAAUGGUGGUUUGCUAAGCGUUUUCUGCAUCCUGAUGUCAUGGCUAUCUAUGACUUCAUCUUUUUAUGGGACGAAGACCUUGGAGUGGAGAACUUUAACCCGAGAAGGUAUCUUGACAUAAUGAUUUCUGAAGGCUUAGAAAUAACACAACCUGCUCUGGACCCCGAUCUAUCAACUGAUAUCCACCAUCGAAUCACAAUCCGCAAUAAGAUGACAAAAGUGCACAGGAGAAUAUAUGACAAUCGGCCUAGUAUGAAUUGUUCCGACGAAAGUAAAGGACCUCCUUGCACAGGGUGGGUUGAGGGCAUGGCGCCUGUUUUUUCUCGUGCUGCUUGGAAAUGUGUAUGGCAUCUAAUUCAGAAUGACCUGAUUCAUGGAUGGGGCCUUGACAUGAAGCUUGGCUAUUGUGCUCAGGGUGAUCGAACCGAGAAAGUUGGUGUAAUUGACAGUGAGUAUGUUGUCCAUCAAGGGAUACCAUCUUUAGGAGGGCCGUCACUUAGCAGCAAGACACCUCGACGAUCAUUGGAUUUGAGGACCCAUAUAAGGAGACAAUCAUCAGCUGAGCUGGAAAAGUUCAAAGAACGGUGGAACAGAGCUGUAAGGGAAGAUGAAGAGUGGAGUGAUCCUUUCCAAUCUUGAUUGCUUUGAAAGCAGAAUCUGGCACCAGGAUGCAAGACCACCUCACAUGAGUGAACCUGUCCAGUGGCCACGCUCAUAACAGUGGUUGGACUCAAGGCCAUCUCACAUUGCAACAUGUGGGCAUCGUAUCAAACAGUUGGUUAUAGGAAGUUUUCAAACUUAUACACCAUUUUGUCCUCGAGAGCUAAAAGAACCACUGGAAAUGUCAUCGUCAAUACAAGGGACAACUGAUCAAGAACCUCAAACUAACAGGGGACUGAAUAUACACACUGUUGUAAAUUUCAUUCAAUCUCCAUUUGACUACAGCUGUAUAGUGACAUUAUAUACAUGCUUGUGCAGUUAUUUAAUCACAAAUCUUACAUAACCUUUAGCAAA